CUGACGUAACCUUUUUUGUCAAUGUUUAAUGAUAAGAACAAGACAUAAAGAAAACACAAAUAGGCAAACUUGCUUAUAAUAAUAAACAAAUAAGAAAAGGAAUAAAAGCAAUUUUGAGGCAUAUUUCAGAACACCUAUAACAGCUGACAGGGGUCCUUCUUCCAAACAGCAUGGCUGCCUUCAGCAGAGGCAGGCAGAAGAUCAAAGCUCUCUGCAGCUUUAGGACUUUAACAUGUACACGAAACUUUACCGGGAGUUUCGAUUAUGAUCUGGUGGUUAUUGGUGGAGGCUCUGGAGGUUUGGCAUGUUCAAAAGAAGCUGCCCAAUUAGGACAGAAAGUAGCUGUCUUGGAUUAUGUCGAACCUUCAAUUAAAGGCACAAAAUGGGGUCUUGGUGGAACGUGUGUGAAUGUCGGCUGUAUUCCGAAGAAGCUUAUGCAUCAGGCUGCACUGCUUGGCACUGCAGUCAAAGAUGCGAAGAAGUAUGGCUGGCAAAUCCCAGACACCCUGUCACAUGACUGGCCAACAAUGGCAGAAGCUGUCCAGAACCAUGUGAAGUCUCUAAACUGGGGUCACAGGGUUCAACUACAGGACAAGAAGGUGAAGUAUUUAAAUAUGAAGGGCAGUCUUGUGGAUGAACACACUAUCAGAGCUGUAAAUGCCAAAGGGAAAGAGAUGACAGUGUCUGCCAAAAACAUUGUGUUAGCCACUGGUGGAAGGCCAAAGUAUCCCACACAUGUUCCAGGAGCUUUGGAGUUUGGAAUCACAAGUGAUGAUGUCUUCUGGCUCAAAGAGUCACCCAAAAAAACGUUAGUUGUUGGUGCCAGUUAUGUGGCAUUAGAAUGUGCCGGCUUUCUCACAGGCAUUGGGCUGGACGCCACUGUAAUGGUACGCAGUAUCGCCCUCCGCGGGUUUGAUCAGCAAAUGGCUGGAUUGGUCACAGAUUACAUGGAGUCAUAUGGCACCAAGUUCUCAUGGAGGUGUACACCGAAAAUAGUAGAAAAGCUUCCAUUUGGGCUUCUUCAGGUCACGUGGAUGGAUCUAAACACACAAGAGGAACAUCAAGAGACCUUUAACACAGUGCUGUGGGCUGUAGGCCGAGCACCCGAAACCAAGACCCUCAAUUUGGAACAGGUCGGGGUGGAGAUCAACAAAGAAUCCGGGAAAAUAAUCGUGGCCGCUGACGAAGCAACAUCAGUGCCAAACAUUUACGCUAUCGGGGACAUCGCUGAGGGUCGUCCUGAGUUGACCCCGACUGCCAUCAGGGCCGGAAAGCUCCUGGCCCGCAGACUGGUGGGCCAAUCCACUGAGCUCAUGAACUAUGAAAACGUGGCCACUGCAGUGUUCACUCCUCUUGAGUACGGCUCUGUCGGUCUGUCUGAAGAAGCGGCCGAAAGAAGAUAUGGCAAAGACCAGAUUGAGGUGUACCAUGCAUUCUACAAACCGCUGGAGUUCACAGUGGCCCUAAGAGAUGCCAGUCAAUGCUACAUUAAGGUGGUUUGUUUAAGGGAAGCUGAGCAGCGUGUACUGGGUCUGCAUUUCACCGGGCCGAACGCCGGUGAGGUCACACAAGGCUUUUCUCUGGGCUUCCAGUGUGGGCUCACCUACGCCCAUCUGAGAAAUACGGUCGGGAUACAUCCCACCUGUGCCGAGGAGCUGACCAAACUUAAUAUCACCAAACGCUCGGGUCUGGACGCCAUGGUAACGGGCUGCUGAGGUUAAGCAUCCCCUCCCUGAUCUUUCGAGCACACGGGACCAACAGAGAUAGAGAGAGAGAUUAUUGUGAGGUCAUACAGGGAUACAAAAUGAAACAAGAUUCUAGGUAUACAGGAAGGCUUUCUCCGCACACGCAACUUUGACCUUUAAGCCACACAACCAAUGCAAAUCCAUCACAGCAGCACUCCAAUAUUUAAUUUUACUACUAUAUAUAUAAAUAUGAUUGCUACAGUGUAGGUCUGCAUUUCAAUUAUAUCACAUUCCGGCUCUAACAAGUAACGCCUAUACCCCAACUGUAAAUCAUUGUUUUCACACCAAAUCCAGGAGACUUCUGCAAGCUUUCUACCGUUGGUCAAGAUAAUCCAAUAAGGUCCUCGUGUUUACACUACAGAGAUCCAGGUUAGAGCAACACCAACCACAAGCGCCGCUGCGAAGAGAUAAACACGUCCAUAAAUCAGGAUUAAGACCCCAUUACGGUUUGCUGAAAUGAGAAGCGUAAGAAAAAGCGGCCUAAUGUUUCUAAAAUAUAUUCUGCAAAUAUUGUUGUUUCUCCGGCUGUACUUCCUGUCCAUUAGUCAUGCGCCAGCCUUGACACUGAUGAAUGGGAUAGGCCCGUCGCAACGGUGACACCAGCCCAUUUCCCAGGAACGUAGACAAACACUCGGCCAGCAGCGUGUCACUCAAACGCAGAGCCCGGUCGUGGACAGAGUGAGCGCUUGUUUAGUCCAGGAUUUCGGGAAGAUCCCAAGAGCACAGGCGGAGCAGAGAGUACACUGUAAUAACAUACACAAGGCCUGGAGAGGACAUUUGUGCUUUUGUUAGUGCCGCAAUUGCCCUGCAGGUGGCAGUGUUAGCUUCCUUUUCCCACUGAUCUUUAGUCACACAUGGGAAGGAUGAAGUGUGAACCAUUAAGUCAUUACGAGUUUAAGUCACAGUUAAUCACCGGCUGAGUUUAAGAUGAAUUGAAGGCUUACCGAGCGUGCUGCGUUUCGUAGGUUUAGCUUAUCUGUUGUUUGUGUAUUUGGCUAAUAGCUUCGGCCGACGGUGCUGCCGCCCGCUUUGAGGGCACUUACACGGCAGCUAUUCCCAAAAGUUGAAUUUGGAAAUCUGUAACACUUCCUCUUUACUUUCAAACCAUUUAAAAUUGAUGUUAAAGGAACAGUUCACCCCAAAAUUAAAAUUUGCAUAUACGGUAUGUUAAUCACCCUCAAGCCAUCCUAACGGAAGGCAGUCAGGGUUAUAUUAAAUAAAAUUCUGGCUCUUUUCUGUUUUAUAGUGGUAUCGGAUGGUGCCCCAUUUUUAAUCCAGUCAUCAAAACUAAGUAAUACACUUAUUAAAUACUUUUUGAGGUAAAGCGCUGAGUUUUUGUAACGCUGGGUCCGAGGUCAGCCUCCGGCCGUAGUUUUUAUAAAAAUGUUUUACAAAACCCAUCAGAAGACAUUGAAUAAUUGUAUGGAUUUGUUUUUGAUGAAUGGAUGCAGUUUGUGGAGGUUUAAAAAUGGGGCACUAUCCACUUGCCAUUAUAAAGCUAAAAAGCGACAGAAUAUUAUUUAAUAUAACUUAUUAUUUAUUAAGACUGUGUUUGGCUAAAAGAAGAAAGGCAUGUACAACUACGAUUGGCUUGAGGUUAAGUAAAAUAUGAGUAAAAGACGAAUUUUUGAAGGAUAUCAACGUUUUUAAUAUUAUAUGAAAAAGAGAUUAAUCCACAUGUCUCCAUACGGAAGAAUGUGUAUCAUAUCGUUUUAGAAAACCAUAAAAGUAUGCAAAUGGUGAAAACUACUGUACUUUUUCUUUUGUGUUCUUGAUGGUAAAGAUGCGGUCAUGGCCAAAUUUUGCAUCGUUUAAUACAUCUAUUCAUGCUAGGAGUUUAAAUGAGAGAGGCCCGCACUGGAUUUUUGGGAACGCCAUUGAUUUACAAGUGAGCUUGUGUGCUGGAAAGAAGGGUACUGGUGGAGUUUGUUUUUGUUUGAAGUCUAAUCUGCCCUGGCUCUGAUUAAUGAGCUUAAGAGCGGAGUGACAGGUUGCCGUGGUGAUGGAGAGGAGCACUGCGCUACCAGGUUUAUUUGUACCCGGGGAUGAUGGGUGGGAGGGGGUAACGUGUGCUCGACUCAGGGACGGGGUGCUGAAUGAAGACCCCUGACCCCAACACAGUACCACCAACAGCUUUGCUGUAUCAAGGCUCACAUGUAUACACACACACACACACAGCUGAUGGGUGGGGCUGCACAACGAUGCAAAAUAUAUGAAAGUUUGUGUUUAUAGAAGUUUAUGACAAGUUUAUCUUUCAAAGUGGUCUACGAAAUGUCUGUAUGAUUUAUGUGAUCAGUCCGAGGCUUCAUUUGUGUCAUUCAUACAUCGAGACAGCAGCUCCAGCCCGUGAACACACACAUACAAACACAUGCACACACAGUAAAGGGUCGGGGUUCAACUUUCAAGGGCCCAGCUAAUGAUGACUUGUGCUAAAAGCCCAAACUGGAGAGGGCAAGUCUGAUGUCACCUGGCGUCCAGUUUUAUUUUUGUAAAUAGAGAUGCCUUAUUUGCUAUAGAGGCUUGUACUGGAUAAUUUAUAUGUGUAAUAAAUUAUGAAAAUGUACACUUGCACUAUUAAAAAUUGAUGAAUUGUAAUCUGCUCUGUU